AUGAACGAGGACCCGCGGAAUCGACCAGCAGACGUGGCUGCCGCGCUACUCACAGACUUGUGCCGCCAAACACACAACACGACUGGUACGCCGAUUACGCCGAUAGACUUGCACUUCGCCGACCGCAUCAUCGCACCACCGACCUAUCCGCCAACAGCAACGUUGGCUGGUGGCAUCAGUCUAGGUCGAUGCCACCGAUUCUCCCAUGAAAUGAGCCCUGCUGCCAUCGAUGCAUGUGCCGACCCCGUCAGGAGUGGCGUCGCCGACCUCACACACGCAAUGGAUACGACACGAACGCUGCUAACGCCUCUGACGACAUUUACCGCUGUGAUCGGUGAUGGUGUGACAGGGCUCUCUACAUCUACCACGUCGGACAGCUCCGUCGACCAGGCGGCCGCACGAACCGACCACUCAGCGUCGUUUCACGAUGCUUACGUCACAGACGCCAACCAAAACCUCGGGGCAGACCACUGCAGCUUACAGAUCGCCAUCGACGUCAGCUCCUCAGAGAAGCCACCACCGGCGCGUCAAGCGCCGUCCAAAUCCGUACCGACUUGA